AUGAAGUUGGAGAAGAUGUCCAAGAUAAAGAGUCUCGGGCACCCUGCAUCGUCCAUAGACUUAGCAAUAUCUGAAAACAGACGAUAUCUUCUAUCUGUGGGUGUUUACAAGCCUUGUGUAAAGAUCUAUGACUUUGAGAAUCUUGCCCAAAAGGUGGAGAGGCAUCUAGAGUCAGAACCGGCAAGAGUGUUGUCUCUUGUACCAGAUGCCUCAAAGAUUUGUAUUUUGAGAGGAGACAGAACAAUUGAGUUCCAUGCCAAGUAUGGGCAUCACGAAGGAAUAAGGACACCAACAGUGUGUUUUGAUAUCUGUCUUAACAAGUUCCGGGCCGAGUUGAUGAGCGGGGGGAAGGGGUCUGCUGUCUAUCGAUUCAAUCUGGAUCAAGGGAGGUUUCUGAGAAGUUAUGCUGUAACGAUAGAUGAGAUAUAUUCAAUCGAAAUGAAUGAGUGCAAUGGCCUUAUUGGGGUUGGAGGAGCUGGAGGAGUGCAGUUCAUUGACCAGAGGUGUAAAGAGAUAGUAAAGUCGGUUGAAUAUAAUGAGUCUCCAUCCAGUAUAACCUUCGCGGAAAAUGGAAUAGACUUUGGAGUUGGAACAAAUGAAGGGACUGUUUACUUUCAUGACUUGAGAGCCCGAAAGGAGCUGUUCAGUGUAAAACACGACCAAAGAAUCAAGAAGGUUACAUUUAAUGGAAAAAUACUGAUCAGCUUGGACCGAGGUGCGUUGCGAUGCUGCAGCAGAACUGGAAUGGUUGGAGAAUAUCUAAGUAGUUCCGAGAUGAACUGCCUUACAUGCGAUGGUGGGGUCGUUUUUAUAGGUCUUGAUAAUGGAGAGAUAAGUGAGAUGAUAUCGGAGGACCUAGGAGAGAUUCCACAAUGGUGCAAAGUAUUCGGAGAUCAAGUUGAUUGA